GACUAGUUUUUCUGUUAUUUGGCCAUGUCCGGGCGAGGCAAGCAAGGAGGCAAAGCUCGCGCUAAAGCGAAGUCUCGUUCUUCUCGCGCGGGCUUACAGUUCCCCGUGGGCCGUGUGCACCGCCUCCUCCGCAAGGGCAACUACGCCGAGCGGGUCGGAGCCGGCGCGCCGGUGUACCUGGCGGCGGUGCUGGAGUAUCUGACCGCCGAGAUCCUGGAGCUGGCGGGCAACGCGGCCCGCGACAACAAGAAGACGCGCAUCAUCCCGCGCCACCUGCAGCUGGCCAUCCGCAACGACGAGGAGCUCAACAAGCUGCUGGGUCGCGUGACCAUCGCUCAGGGCGGCGUCCUGCCCAACAUCCAGGCCGUGCUGCUGCCCAAGAAGACCGAGAGUCACCAUAAGGCCAAGGGCAAGUGAUUUGAUAGGCAUCUGAGCUUCCGGUAAACGUUUUCAAACCUAAAGGCUCUUUUCAGAGCCCCCCACCGUUUCAAGGGAAGAGCUAAAUCACAGUUGUAGAUAGGGAAAAGUACUAAGUAGAAAAUCUCUUCUGAAAAUCCAAUUCAUAUUGGCAACUUGUUUGGGGAACUUCAGAGAAACACAGAAGGUGCCAGAUGACCACUUCUUACCUAAGAGGGUCCUAGAAUGGACUAUAUAAAUUGGAGCAAGUUGAAGAGAAAAACCCAGGUCUUCCAAUUACUGAAGGCACCAGGACACCAGAUAAAAGUUCAUCUCAGGGAUUUACUGUGAGAUAUGAAGCUGAGAUAGAAUAAUUAUCUAGAUAUACACAGUACCCUUAACAAAGCAGGUUUCAAAAGCUGCUCAUCACAGAGAGAUGCCAAGAUCUUGAGUAUCAGUCAAACCCACCAAUUCUCAGAAAUAAAUGGAUGGAUGGUCUCAACAUUCCUACAUCACUGAUGGAUUCUGCACCUGAAAAUUUUUUCCUAUUAAAAACUUACUCUAGAUUUAUUUAUUUGUGUUUACAUGUUUGCAUUGGGAAUAAGAAGCGUAGAUGGGGGGAAAGAAUAUUAUUGGAUACAAAAUGUAUAUAAAUUUAGAACAAAAUGUAUCUAAAUUUUGAAUCAGUAGGGACAGCCCGUGGCUCACUCGGGAGAGUGUG